ACGAAUGUUUUAAUGCUUUCAAAAAAUGGUUUUUUUUCGAAUUAAUAUUAUAUCAAAAAAUUUUUUAAAAACAACUUUUCCUUCAAUAAUUUAUAAAAAAAAUUUUCAUACAUUAAUUUUAAGUAAAAAUUCUCAAUUAUUACAAAUAAACCGAACAAGACCAAGAAAAAAAUUAUUAUUACAACAUUAUGAGAACAAAUCAUUCAUUCGUAAUACACAUUAUUUAAAUCCACUCCCUUUUCCUAUUGAAGAAGGUUUAGAACCUUUAUUUAGUCCCGUAACUUUACAUGAAUUAUAUGAAUAUCAAGGAUCUCUUAUUGAAGAUUUAAAUAAUCUUACAGAUCAAACGGAAUUUAUGGAUAAUACCAUUUUUGAACUAAUCGACAAAACUGCUCAAGUACCAGAAAAUGCUCUAAUAUUUAAUCAUGCUUCUCAAAUAUGGAAUAAUGAUUUUUUUUUUCAAUCUUUGACAAAAAAAAAUUCCAGUAAAGAAGUUGAUAUUAUGGAUUUAAAUGAAAGGAUUAAAAAGGAUUUUGGAGCUAUCGAUAAUUUUAAGGAACAUUUUAAAAAUAUGGCGUUAGGUAUAUUUGGUUCAGGAUGGACAUGGCUUGUAGAAACGGAAUUUCAUAUUCUUCGUGUAGUAAACACUUAUAAUGCAGGGACUACUCUUGAUGUCACGAGAACUCAAGAAAAAGAUCCAAAUAAUCAUCCGAUGCCAUAUAAUUCACCAUUUUUAACUUCAUCAAAGAAUAAUGUAUUAGAUGUUGGUGCAAAUAAACCAUCUCCACCACCAUUUAUAAAAUUGGCUUUACAACCUUCACAUAAAAGUAGAUUUAAUCCUUUGUUAUGCCUUAAUAUGUGGGAACAUGCUUAUAUUAAAGAUUUUGGUAUUAGAGGUAAAGAAGAUUACAUUGAUGGGUUUUGGGAUUGUAUUAAUUGGGAAGUAGUACAACGAAGGAUUAUACAACGUAAUAGUUUUAUGUAAAUUCGUUGUUGGUUAAUGGGGUUUAAAGUUAAAAGUUGGGAUAUGGGAUGAUUAAAAAAAAUUUGAGGCUGAUAUAAAAUGAAUUAAUUCAUUAUUAAAAAUCAAGUCUGAAAUUUUUUUUUUUUUAUUUUAUGAACUAUGGAUUGAUAAUAAGCUUAUUUCAGAAUUAUGAAUUCGCGUUUGAAAUCUAUCAUCUGGUCUCAACCCCUAUACAAAUAUUCCUCUCUCAAAUCCAACUUGAUCACGAAUCAAAUUGAUGUAUCCGUUCUAUAUCUGCUUGUUAUCGUCAUUUUACCUAUAAAGAGAUUAUCAAUAAUCUCAUCUCAGAACAUCCAAGGAAACAAAUCAAAUAUUCCGUAUAUAUUAUUUAUUCAGCCCGUGACAAACC